CUUAGUUCCUUUUGAAAUAUGAAGUUAGGACACUUUGUCUGUGCCUACUUUGUCAUUACCUGUUUAGUUUUUGUUGUGACUGUCGAACAUUUGAAGUGUGAAAUCUUAUUCUGUGAAAUUUGAGAUAUGUAAAUUUAAUUUUAUGAAAGAACAACCAUGUCCAAAUAUUCCUUUUAGUUCAAUGUCAAUUAAUACUUUCAUUAGAAUAGUAGAAAUUCAAUUGUGGAAAAACCCCAUUAAUCAAUUUACUUUAAUAUUCCUCGACGUGCACGCCGAUUAAAUCAUAUAUUUGAAGCUUAAAUCGUUUGUGAAAAACUGAAAAUGGGAAACAAAAGUAAAAAUAAAUCGACUUGUGUAUACGAAGUCUUUUGAAACUGCUUCCAUUUUACUUGUUCAUGGCUAUAAUACUUAUACCGGUUGGAAUAACGUUUUUGAGUAUAUCACACAAGGUUACAUAUAAGGAACAAAUUGUAGAUUAUACAGAUUGCAAAGCAUUUGACUUUGAUAGUGAUGGAAGUUUAACAUGUGCAGAAAAAAUCGUACCAUGUGUAUGUUUCCAUAAUAUUAACAUCACUGAUAGCUUAGAGGGAGACAUCACUGUAUACUAUGAAUUGGAAUCUUUUGAUCAGCUGCGAAGUGAUUAUGUUAAUUCAAGGGACGAUAAACAGUUGAUGGGUGUUCUUGCACCGAUACCAUCUGAAAAUUGUGAACCUUAUAGAUAUGUUUAUAUGGGAACAGGAAAGACAUCUAUUUCUCCAUGUGGUGCCAUAGCCGAUGCAAUGUUUAAUGAUACAUAUGAACUUAGAAAUACUUUUAGUAAUAUAAUUACACCAUUUCUCAACACGGGAAUGCUAACAGAGGCUGAAAAGGUUGGUUACCUUAAUCCAGUAAACUGGGAUGAUUUUAAGAAUUACACCAAACCAAUAAAUUGGGAAAAAAAUAUUUGGGAGUUAGACGUUUCGAAUUCUGAGAAUAAUGGUUUUCAGAACGAACUAUUUAUAGGUUGGAUGAAAACCGAAUGGAAACGCAAACCGUAUGCGCGUAUCGACAAAACCAAGACUAAUUUUCAAAAUGGUCUUCAAGCUGGAGAAUAUGAACUGCGCGUUGGUUACAAUUAUCCAUCGACUCGAUACAGUGGUCGACGGAAAUUUAUUCUUUCCGCUAAGUUAACGAUGACGCACCCGAAUCUCAAUAUAAUUGGAAUAAUUUCACUAGUCAUAGGCCUGAUACUUCUCGUUACAGCGCCAAUCGUAUUAGUCAUGUAUAAUCGUAUCAAAGGAAACGAAGCAGUCAACAAUGGUCACAUCGAUGCUGCAAAUGAAAACUUAACAGGCAAUCACUAGCUCCAUCUGCCGGCGGAAGAAAUCUAUCGUCAUUUAGUAAAGAUCCUUGAGAUAUGAGAGCCAUUUGAAAUGUGGUCGAACUUAACAAAUAUACGAAAAUGAUAUAUUUUACUAGGCAUCCUGGCAUCCUGGACUGGCUUUGCAAUACUAGAACAAGGAUUCCCUAUUCCAAUCCAAGGAGUAAAUAUUUUCUAUCUAAAAUUCUACAUAUUCCAUGCGAUUUGCUAAUAGCCCAUCUGUAUUAAAUACAACACAACAAAUAGUUCUUGAUUAAUUUACCUUUAUUUAUAAUACGUGUUGUAUUUUUCCACUUAACUAGUCUUAAACACAUUAAUUUAACUUUCGAAGUUCCGAUUACAACUUCGCGGACAUUGAAAACGCAAUUUUUCGCGAAUCAUAGAUUAUUCAAGUCCUCUACCAAAUAAUAUAUAAUUAUAUUACUUCUCUUGUGGUUGGAAUAGGCUAUACAUAUUUUUAAUGUGAACCACGCUGCUCCAAUGCGGUUUGGUGGAAUACACAUGUGGCAGAAUUUCAUCGAAAUUAGACACAUGCAGGUUUCCUCACGAUGUUAUCCUUCACCGCAAAUCACGAGAUGAAUUAUAAUGACAAAUUAAGCACAUGAAAAUCCUUCAAUAUAAACGUUAUAAUAACGUUUAUAUUGAAGGACAAAAAAUUAAAAAAAUCUUGUUAUUUUUUUUAAAUCUUUGCUGUCGUUUUCAGCCACUCGCUAAAAUUUCAUAAAAAUCAAAGGACAAAAUUACAAUCAUUCAUAUUUAUUUAUUCAGACUAUUCCCCGAAGCUCUAAACCCUUCAAAUUAAUCUUCCAUGGAUCCCCUAAUGUAUGUCUAUGUACUCAUCUGUAUCCAAUAUUACUUUGGCAUAUAUAGUAACACGGGGAUGGCGUUAUAAAUAGACAUACAGUUUAUCGCAUUUAUAUUACUAACUAUUCUAAUGUCUCGCCAAAUAUGUUUGCAUGAGUGUUGCAACUGCUUUAAUCAAAAUACCAAAACGUUCUCAUUACAAAAAUGUGAAAGAAAAAAACACGUUUCUUAAUUCCUUUCCCGGAGUAAGAUUAAUAUGAAAUCUGUUUUGAAAUCACAAUUGAAUAAUUCAAUGUGUCUGUAAUAAGUGAUAACUAUAAAUGUGACUUCUGAUACUUAGUUAGAUUAGAUAUAUUUGUUUAGCUUCUAUUUGUAUUUAUUUAUUAUUGUUAACUAAUAGCAAUUGUCAAAUCGAAUAUGAUACAUUAUAUAUAUCGAACUUUAUUAAUUAUACUUUAAAAAAAAUAUAGUUUUGAAAAGCAAACAGAUAAUUCAAGGUAUUUCUAUUUUUUAUAUCCAGUGUAUCGUAUUAUGUAAAGAUAAAAUAUUUAUUUUAAAUUAAAAUAUUAUACUUAAUGGUUAUGGUUAAAAAUUAACAAUUUAUUGGAAAGGUAUGUGAUAUAUAGAAAGAAAUAUGAUAUAUAUGUACGUGAAUUUCGAAUGUAAAGUUAUAUUUUAAUAGAAGUUAAUAUAAUAUUCGAUAGUAAGUUCACUUAUGAAAUGCAUAGGUACCCGUUAUUUUAACACUCCUUUAUUUCAAGAAAAUAAAUUCGGUCUAUGAUAAGCGUUAUCUAAAUACUCUUUACAUGUAUUAUAUAUACAUAUAUAAAAUAUAUGUUGCAUUAAAUUAUUAUCGUUUAUCUGACUAAUAUAUAUUUGUAUCAGUAAAAAAAAUCAAAGCAAUGUGUGAGAAAAAAGUGUGUGUCUUGUUAAUAUUAGAUUUACUGACAUGAACAUCAUAUGAUUGACCUGUCGAUCUCUCUAUUGAGAGAUUUGCGGCAUUUUAUAUUUGAAAUGACGCAGUUUGUACAAAAUUUGUUACGUAUAACUUUACAAUAAAUGGUUUCCUUGUGAAUCUUGUAAUGCGAUGUGUGAAUCAUUUAAUGUUUAGUAGUGUUAUAUAUAUAACUUGCUAACUACCGAGGCUAUAACGUUACGGGUUAUGAAAAUGUCUCGUAAGUACAUAAGGUGUGUAUAUUUUUUAUAUAACUUUAUUAUUGUACUUGUAAUUUAUUAAUAAUUUAAAGGUUAUGUAAAUUAAUGUAUAACAUUUGUGUAUAAGAAAAAAAAAGUAAUGUAAAACAUAAAUUUCUUAUAAAAUAAUUUGAAACAACAAUAUUUUCUAAUAUUUGUUUAUGCUUUAUUUUAAAGCGAGUCAUAACACAAAUACAAUAUAAUGUGUGUAGUUGUCGGUGCGUGGUUAGGGCUUGUACACAAAACUGCGAUGCGACGUCGCAUCGCAAAAAUCUGCGAGCUCCCUCUACGCAUCGCAAGAACUUGCGAAUUGAUUCGCAUCGCGCAUUCCUGCGAUGUUGCGUCACACUUGUUGACGCCAUUUUAGUUCGCUCAGGGACAGCGUGUGGGCAAGACGUGUACUUUAAAAAUGACAGAAUACGACGUUGAUUUUUUAAUAUCACUGAUUGAGGAGCGCCCUGUUCUUUGGGACACUAGUAAUGAAGAUUAUAAAAACAAAUGAUGAUGAGAUUAUAAAAACGAUAUGGUGAAAAUAAACUUAAAAGCUCUUCGAAUAAAGAUAUGCUCAUUCUAAAAUACUCCAAAAUUUUUUUUUCGUCGGUUUUCAAAGCUUUAUAUUUUUGAAUAAAAUAGUUUCCAUCGGGAUUCAUAAUAGUAAUAAAUGGAUGAACCCAAAAUCUUCUUUGUUUCUUUUUCCUGUAUCUCCUAAGCAAUAAUAAAAGUGCACACUUCUUUUUACGAUCCAUGUCACGACCUAGUUUUCAAUUCAAAAUACGUUUAGUACGGAUAACGCUCGUCGAAGGAAUGGUCACCCUGGGAGACGCCUUGCCGCACGAAAUCGCAUCGCAGCAAUUCGUGUCGUAAUUUUCUGCGUUGCGAAUUCGCAUCGCGUCGCAUCGCAGUUUUGUGUACAAACCCUUAGUACUUGGUACGUAAACAACAAAAAAAGCAACGAACAGUCUACAGUUUAUUGUUCGCACUUACAGCACAGCACAGCACAGUCAAAGUCUACAUAAACAGAUAACAGUAGUGAGAGUAAGUGAGGCGUAAGCGGGUGAGAGCAUAAAAAAAUAAUAAUCAAAGGAGUGCGCGUCGAUGUCGAGAGCUGACUAUCUUUUCCCCGCGCCUCGUGCCGCCGAUCGCUAGCUGUCGGGUAGGAGGACAGCGGUGGCGAAUAAGCGAGGCGCGCGGUCGUAUGGUCGCUUCGUAUUUAUCUACUACAAAUAUAAUCUUUACUGUACUGUACUUUGUUUGUUUAAAAAUAUUUUUAUUAUAUUUAUGUAUAUUAUUAUUAAUUCAUUUGAAUUUUAUUUAUAAUUGGC